UUGUUUGGGAAGCCUUUACACUGAGCGACUAUGUGGGCGUGUUUCUUUCGGCCCAGCACUCUCCACUCCUGCGUGAAGUCCAGAGCGCAAAACGCACUUCUUCUGGUGCGAACGGAGAGCGCAAAAGCAGCAGCUCCACGACCUUUAAGGCGCGCGUCUCCGGCUCCCGAAUCCAACUUCACCGUGCGAGGAAGAAGUUGUUAACGAUCUCCCGCGGACGCUCACAGCCAUGGACGCAUCUCGAAUCCUAACGCUUUACAUGGGACUGCUCCUUGUUGUGUUUGGGAAUAUACCGUGUUUCCAGUCUGCUGCUAUCAUCUCUCCCUCGGCGCCGCGGAGGAACAGAGGAGCCAGGAUCUCUCACCAGGACGGACAAAGGUCAUCUAAACUCCUAAAAGACAUCUUCGCGUCUUCGCAUCCCGCAGCGGCUCAUCACAAAGACGAGCUAAAAGGCGCUAUUGUACCACACGAGUACAUGCUUUCCAUAUACAGGACAUACUCGGCUGCAGAGAAGCUCGGACUAAACGCAAGCUUUUUCCGCUCUUCUAAAUUUGCCAACACCAUCACAAGCUUUGUGGACAGAGGAACAGACGAUCUUUUGCACUCUCCUAUACGAAGACAAAAGUAUCUGUUUGAUGUCUCAACCCUUUCAGACAAAGAGGAGCUGGUCGGGGCGGAAUUAAGGAUAUUUAGGAGAGCGCCCGGGGAUUUGCAGACUUCGCUGCAGACGACGGGUCUCUACUACAUCCAGCUCUACCCCUGCCGUUCAGACAGGCUGCUGGACUCCAGGUCUCUGGACCCCCUGGAUGCCACUAAAGCCGGAUGGGAGGUUUUAGACGUGUGGGAAAUGUUUAAAGCGCACCAGCAUUAUUAUCAUCACCCCCACCAUCAUCACUUUCAGAAGGGGAACGAGCUCUGCUUCCAGCUCAAGGUCACUCUUGGCAAAUCAGACACCGAGGUGGACCUGAGGCACCUGGGACUGGGCAGGAGCGGCCGGUCCCAGCAGGAGAAAGCCAUCCUGGUGGCCUACACGCGCUCCAAGAAGAGGGAGAACCUCUUCAGCGAGAUGAACGAGAAGAUCAAGUCGCGGAGGUCGAUCGGCGAGAAGGAGGAGGCGGCGGCGGCGGCGGCGGCGGCAAAGGAUGCGGGCGAGGAGCGGGUGACGCACAGGGGAGGCAAAGCAGACGGGCCCCGGCGGCGGCGAAGGACCGCGAUGAGUAACCGCCACGGGAAGAGGCACGGGAAGAAAUCCAAGUCCAGAUGCAGCAAAAAGGCGCUGCACGUGAACUUUAAGGAGCUGGGCUGGGACGACUGGAUCAUCGCGCCCCUGGAUUACGAGGCGUACCACUGCGAGGGGGUGUGCGACUUCCCCCUCAGGUCGCACCUUGAGCCGACCAACCACGCCAUUAUACAGACGCUCAUGAACUCCAUGGACCCCAACAGCACCCCGCCGAGCUGCUGCGUCCCCACCAAGCUCAGCCCCAUCAGCAUCCUCUACAUAGACUCCGGCAACAACGUGGUGUACAAGCAGUACGAGGACAUGGUGGUGGAGCAGUGUGGGUGCAGGUAGCGGCCAUUGUUGGCUUCAUUAACCCGCAAAAGACCGAAAGAUCAAAGAUGAAGCCUUGGUGAAAAGUCCACACAGGUCUGAGAAGCUUUGAGACGUCUUCGUUCGGAAAGGGACGCACACAGAGGCGACGUCCGCUAUUUAUUUACGCUCAGUCACAUUCAUCCACACACUCUGCCUUAAAGUGUUAAGUCUUCACUCCAAUCUUGCGCAACGAGCGAUCGCCUCAUCAGACGGGCCUUUGUUUCACGCGUCCGUGUGGCACAAGGGAUGGGUGCGUGAUGCGUGAACUGGCCGCGGCCCACGGAGUUGAGGCCGCGCACCUGUUCGUGCCGAGGCCAGAGGACAGUGGGUUUGUCGCAGCUCUGUCGUGUGAUCCUGCCUGCCAGGCCCGGGCCCUUUUGGGUAUGUGCACUCAGGCCGUGAAUGCCCCGGUCCAGCUGGAGUCAUUACAGGCCCGAGCCAGCGAUUGCUUUCCAAAAUCAGAGAGAGAAAUAAAAGGGGGAGGACGUCUAAUCUACCAAACACGCACGCACGCACGCGCGCACACACACACACACGCGCGCGCGCGUAGAUUGGCCAGUAAAGGGGAGAUAAGAUGCCGGUGUUAAUGCCGUCUAGAGAUUUCUUUUGCCAUACUGGACACCAGUUCAGAGGCGUCGUGCGCCUUUUUUGCGGACACAAUGGACACAAACCCAGACUUGUGCCCGACUGGGGCCCUGUUACAUAAAAAAGCACACAUUACUGAGGCGAACUUUUUUUUUUGCUCAAAAGUCUGCAUCUUUACGAAAUGCACUUCCGCAACUGACUGCGCCGAGGACGUGCGGUCAGCGACAGAGCUCGUCUUCUCUGAUGAUGAACGUAAGGAAGGAAAAAAAAUAACUCGAGGCGAUAUUUAAAUGCACAUUAGCUUUGAAUGCACUGCUGUUCAUUAUUAUUAUUUUUUUCGAGCUGUAAAUAUUUGUACAGUCAAACACUUUACAAAGUGUAACGAAUGAAGAAAUGGGGGAAAACUGCAUUUCUUUGUAAAUAUAUAAAAAAUCGGUAUAAUUUCUAUUCUAUAAUUAUUUUAUUAUUUGUGAUGUACAGAGUUUCAUGAUAAUCAUAUAUUUCUUACAUUGUCAAGAGUAAUUUAAGGUGUAUUCGAUAUUUUUUUGGCAGAGGGUGGAAAAUACCGUUAUUAAUGUCUACCUCAUAAUUGCAUAUAGGAUCUGAGUUUUGAGGUGCAUUCGGUUAGAGUGUAAGGAGCUUUUACAAUGAUAUCUAAGAUCAAUUAUAUACAUAUAUUACUGGAUAAUAUUUCACACCAUUACUGUACAAAUAAAAUUCAAAACAAAG